AUGUCGCAACCACCGUCGUAUGAAGAUACAGUCGGCGAAUGCGAUGCGAAGUAUGACAAUCAUGAUGUCGAUUCGAAAGUGCCGCAACGAUUCAGCAUACGGGAUGAAGUUGGCUCGUCGAGGUCGCAGCAUGUUACGGCAUUGAUAUCCAAACUCUUGCCUCAGAUCAGGGAACGAGCGAAAAGCGGGCUAUCAAAGACGGUUUUAUUGUUACUCCCAUCUGAUCAAGGCGAUGCCAGCAAGAGGGGCGAGCUCGUAGGCUUUCCGGAAGACGACAGACCGAUAUUGAUCCAGCUCGAAGGUCGCUACGAUGGAACCCAGUUUUGGACGCAGCGAGAAGCGCUGGACCUGCUGAAAGAGCAGAUGUUGAUGGAGUUGGGAGGUGCAAUACCAGCGCCUGCAGUUGAGCAAACGCCUCCUCCACCACCAAUCGAAUCGCAGCCGAAGUCUUCAUUUUGGACUCGUAAGCAAAGCAAAGCGCCAGAAGCCAGACCUAUUACAAAACAGCCCAAGCCUCCGGUAACGGUGGACGUAGAGAUGGACCAGGUCAACUUCCGCACAGAGACCGAGUAUGGGCUGUUUGAGACCAUCAGGGGUAGAGCGGUGCUGGUGACGGUUGAUGUUCGAUAG